UCCACAUGGAGGCAGUAGUGAGGUGUUUGCUAAACUCCGCACUAAAACGAGAAGAGCGAAAUUCAAUUCUCUGCUGAGAUAUUUUCAUUUUGUCCUCACGUCAGAUCUUUUAUCGUUUUCAUUAGUUUAAAAGGUUUAUAGCAUUUUCUCUGUGUGUCAACUUAGCCACCGAAGUAGUUUCUCGUUGAAUUAAUCUUCUGAAUUCAAUCGGAAUCAACAUAAGCAGCAGUGUUUUCGGUUACUAAUGACUACUGGCCAUUUCAAAGUUCCGAUAGACCGCAGGUUUAAAUCUCCGGGGAGCCUGAGCAGCCAGCAUGGACACUCGAGACCCAGUAAAGUGUUGGCCGAAAGGAACCAGGCGGUUGUGGCGGUUGGAGCCUGGGUAGAAGUCGGAGAGGAUUUCCGGGAGCACCCGGCUACCCUUGCUUUGCUAACUGAGGAGCUACAGGCCCAAAAGAGAAGAGAGGAUGCAGACAACCUGAAGCGGUUUCAAGAUGAAGUGCGACGACGAGUCGCACAUCAAGCUCACGCGUGCAAGCGACAACAGCAACCUCACUCACAUCCCUUGGUAAUACCCCACAGAGGACCUCUGAUCCUGACCCAACAGGUCUGCAAGGAAGAGGAGCAUAUCCACUCAGAACCUGUUGCACCACAGGGCAGUUCUCCAGAGUUGAGUAAGCCCCUGAGGCAGGUCAGACUCAGACUGGCUGCCUGUCGGCUGACCCAAGGGGAGGAAGCACUGUCAGAUCUUCCAGGAGGCAGAUGGAGCAUCUCUCCAACCAGACAUAGAACAGAGGAGGAACAGGAAACGAGAGAUGUUCCUCUCUUUAGUAAUCAACAUGAAUGUCCCCUUGUUCAGCAGAAGGUCAACGGACACACCCUGUUGAAUCCAAAUAAUUCACUCUCUGGUCAUGAAGUCCCAAAGUUUCUCUGGCCAAUGACGGAUGAAGAAAAAGUGAAAAAGCAGCGUCAGUCUCAGUUCCUGAAGCACCGCCGCCUGGUCAUGAACACUGAACGGGAGCAGGUGAAGGAGAACCAACAGCUCAGGAAACAUCUGAAGAGGACUGCAAGGAUCAAAGCAGAGAAAGAAAAGCUUCGUCAGGACGAGGAGAUGAAGUUAGAGAAAGCUCGGAGGCUUGUGGAGGCCAGGCAGAGGCUGGAAGAGCGAGACCGGCAGGUUCUGGAGCAGCUGGCGCUGGAGGAGGAGGAAGAGAAGGAGAGAGCUAUGCAGCUGCAGAGGAGGAAGAGGGAGGAGGAGAGGAACAAUAACAAGUGGAAAGACUCUGUGAGGUUUAUCGAGGCUCUGAGAGUUCAGAUGAAGGAGCGUUUGUCUCAGAUGAAGCUGGAGCUCCCCACUCUUUGCUGCUGUGCCUCCUCUUUUUGGGAUUCCCACCCCAACACCUGUGCCAAUAAUUGCAUCUUCCACAACAACCCCACAGCGUAUGCUAAAGCGCUGCAGUUAACACUGGUGAAUUUGGACUUGCAGUAAUGGCAACUGCAGUUUCUCAAGGAACUGGCGUCUCACUCUGUUUUUGUCAGAUGUUUAAGUAGACUUUAAGUGGUUGCAUCAUUAGAAGACAUGCUGUUGUACUUUUCACACGUAUUCUCUUUGGGGUAAAUUUGGCUGCUUGUAUUUUAUGUCACCAAAUUACCUGGCCAGUUUAACAUUCCCAGUGAUUUUAAUAGCACCCUGAUUGGACUAAUUAUUAUCCCCAUUACUCUUUGUUGAGGUUCUAAUCCAGCUCAAAUGCAAUUUUCUAACAAUUUAAGCAAUACUUUUCUGGAUUAGGUAUAGUAAAUAAUCUUCUUUGUUUGCAUUUUGUUAACAAUUUUUCUUACUGUACUUAUUGCAAACUAUGAAUUCUGUGUAUAUGUGAACAUUGUACAUGACAUAAUUUUACAAAGUCAGUAACCAAUUAGGAAAUGAAUAUAUUAAACUUGAAUUUCACUCAUUUUUGUUGGGUGGAUUUUGCAAGAAUUGACCUUCUGCUCUGCUGUUUUUUAAAGAAGUAUUUAAAAAAAAAAUCUCACGUUUCCCUCACUAUCUGUUAGUUUCUAUGAGAUUUCAAAAUUGAUAACACUCUGUCAGACAGGAAUGUCCUGAUAAGUCAGUUAUAGUGUUUCUUUAAGACUUUAUAUAGUGCCUUGCAAAUGUUUUUUUUUUCAAAUCCUAAACAUAAGUGUUUCUUGAAGUUCUAAUGAAAAAGAUGAUUGAUAUUUUAUGCUUAUACUUAUUUCUUUACCUCACUGUUUAUAGCAAUGUCUAUUUCUCCAUAUGCAUUAUUAUUGUUAUAAUAAUUGGAGGCUAAUUUUUUCACUGUCAUUAAUACAUUUAAUAUUUGACACCUACAUAUACUCAAUACAUUGCCACAAAAAACAUUUUAGUAGAACAAAAAGCAGUUGUAUUUGGGUAGAUAUUGCUGUUUUAAAUCAACAUGAAUUGUAAUUGAAGCACUUUUUGAAAUAAAUCAACAGCUUCUGAUUUAAUCAGCAACAAUAAUUUGAGGUUUUGAUGCAUUAACCUGUGCAGUGAGUAAGUAGAUGAUAAAAAAAAUUAGGACUAAAACUCUAUUUAAGCAAAGCCCUUCAAAUGCAACAGUAAGAGAUAUCCAUCUAGCUUACAUAUUAAAGCUACUGACUUUUCCCAGUGUUUUGCUAUUUUAUUUGAAUAAUUUUAAUGCAGUUUGUGAAUCAUUUCAAAAAUGUCAUCCACAGUUUUAGUUCCAAAAAUCUCCAACAGAACUGGGUGGACGAGACAGGAUCCAGGUGAAAACUUGAGUGAUUUGUUCUUAAUAUAAUGAAACAUGUUUUUCUGUUCAAUCUCAAAGUAAUUACACUGUGCCAAUACACGCCAGACUAAUCUGGUUCAAAAUGUUUUACAUAUCUGUCCAUUCCUGGUGCCUAUCAAUGAGUCAAAAGGACCAGUCCAUCACAGGGCAACACAGUCAGACACAACAAACAACCAUGCAUGCACACACUCACACCUAAGAAGAAUUUAGAGAGACCCCUCAACCUCACAGUCAUGCCUUUGGGCUUUGGGAAGAAGAACCCACCAUGCACAGGGAGAACAUGCAAAGUUCAUGCAGAAAGACCCCUAGCCUGGAAUCUUGCUGUAAGGCAACAGUGCUACCAACUGCACCACUGUGCAGCCCUGCUUUACAUGUAGCUUAAUUUAUCCCAAAUAAAAUCAAAUUAUUUCUCAUAAUAAAAUGGUCCAAAUUGGAUUGCAAAAAUAUCUGAGCAUCAGAUUGAGAAAGAAACUUGACAGAAAAUGUUUUUGCUCCCAAUUAAGUACGGCAAGCCAUUUACCAUAUAGUGGCCAAUUGAAACUCAUUUCCUCAGUUCAGUUCUUGUCAAAACCAACUAUUUUGCUGUCAGGAAAUGGUUCUUACUGUCUAA